CGCCUUUUUGGUUUUCCAUCAUCAAGUUUUCAACCGUUAUCCAAACUCCAAUGUCCGUUACUGGUCGACCGAUCACCGUGACCAUUUAUAAAUUAUCAUUAUUAUUAGAAAUUCAAUUUACAUAAUAAUCGUGUGCGUGUGUGUUUGUGUGUAUUUUUCUUUUAGUUAUUUAACUUGUUUUUUUCCGAUUUUAACGUCUACGUAUCACACGUGAUUUUAGUUUGUUUUUUAUUUAGUAAUAACCGCAGUUUUAAGCCAUAUCUAUUAAUAACUUAUUGUAUAAUAAGCGGUGUAAUACGUAAGGAAACAGUGCUUUAAAAAAUAAUUGCUGUUUUAAGUAUUUCCGGGAUGGGCGGACAGGCCACCAAAUUACCACCGUCGUCUCCAUUGCCAAAACACGAUGCUCUCAAAAAAAAAUCUACAGAAAAAGAAAAAACAGAAAACAAAUCUAAACCUGCUGGGUCUUCGGCCACAACCCCUAAACAAGCGGAGUGCAAGAAAGAGCUUUCUGACAAACGACUUCCGGUCCCUUUAGAACUUGUCGAAAACAAAGUGUCGUCUUCGGUGACGCCAAAAGAUUCUUCGGGGGACGAAUCCUUUGAAGACGCCACGGCCGAGAUUAAAAAUGUCAACGAACUGAUGGUCAAAAUGUCCAAAACCGAUUCUCUCUCCGAACAAGUCGACAAAACUUCAUUAGAAGGUGACAACACUUUGUCUGAAUACGAAGUAAUCCCGAAAACUUCGGCCCGGACGUCCCCCUCGCCGAAAACCGUUGACGAUGUGCCCGCUGAAAAUCUUAAACAAAACGCUAAGGCGGAGAAAAAAGUCGGCAAAACGGAAGAAAAAACCAUGGAGGUUAAACGGUCAUGUACUAAUCAAACACGAAUACUCACUCUCAGAGACAAUCAAUCACUAGAAAAUACUUUAUAUCGACUUAAAAAAGGAUGGUACUUGGAGUUCCGUAUAGGUCCUUCACUUUUUGGACAGGACGUAGUUCUUUAUACUGACAUACCGGCCGACGGGCAAUUGUUUAAAAGAGGUUCAUAUCGACGUCUAGAAUGGAUUCGGGAAUGGACUACAGAUGAAAUAAUUAAUGAUGAUUCUUCGUUAUCAUGUCUUGUCCUAUUGAACAUGGCUGGUUCUUUUCAUUACUAUUUUGAGUGCGAAGGAAAAAGGAAAGGGAGUGGUUAUGUUUGCGUAGAUCCAAACUUAUCAGCUGGAGGAAAAGAUAUUCCUUUAAAUUCAAUUCAAGCAGUUUCCGUGUUGACAAAAUGUCUGGGACCGUUGUCUUCUUGGAAAUCAAAAUUGAAAGUUGCUAAGGAAGCGGGUUAUAAUAUGGUGCAUUUUACACCCAUUCAAGAAUUAGGAGGUUCAAAUUCAUCUUACAGUUUAAAAGAUCAACUCGCUUUGAACCCAUUGUUCAAUUACGACAAUCAUAAAGUCACCCACAAUAAUAUUAAAUCUUUAUUAGAUGAGAUCAAAGUUGAAUGGAAUGUAAUGAGUAUUUGUGAUAUAGUACUGAAUCAUACGGCUAACGAGAGUCCUUGGUUAAUGGAACAUCCCGAGUGUGCUUACAACUUGGUAAAUUGCCCUUAUUUAAAGCCAGCCUACUUGUUGGAUUAUCACUUGUAUCACUUUAGUGUAGAAGUUUCAAAAGGCAUGUGGGAAUUUUCUGGUGUUCCCGUUACUGUCAAUAGUGAAGAGCAUCUUGGAUCUAUUAGACACGCUUUACUGACUACAUUGUUACCGAAAGUGAAAAUUCACGAACUGUAUCAACUGAAUGUUGAAAAAAUUGUAACGGAGUUUCAAAAUAUGGUUCGUUCCGGUCCACCACCGUUAGCCAAAAAUUCAAAAAAUGAUGACAAUGAUGAACUAGCGCUUAUUCCUGAUCCGGAAUUCCGAAGAUUAGCUGCAACUGUUGAUAUGAAUAAAGUUUUACCGUUAUACAAUAUAUAUAGGAGUGAUUGUUUUGAUGAAGAUACAAGACUUCACCGUUGUAGCUAUGAAUUGAAAUUAAAAUUAGAAGAAAUGAAUAGUGCCGUUUAUGAUAGAAUUCAAGCUCAUAUAGUAGCCGCCGUAGAUAAUUGUAUUGCAGGUAUUCGAUAUUUCAGGAUACAGCCAGACGGUCCAAGAAUACCCAAAGUAUCUAUAAAAGAACCCUUAGUGCCGAGAUACUUCAAAGAUUUUGAAGACUUAAGUGCUGAGGAAGUGUUGUACUCCUCAAAUGGUCGUUUUGUUAUGGCACAUAACGGAUGGGUAAUGGGUGGAAGUCCUAUUGAAAAUUUUGCCGGUCCAAAUUCUGAAGUAUAUCUACGCAGAGAGUUAAUAGCAUGGGGAGAUAGUGUUAAAUUAAGGUUUGGAGAUAAUCCUGAAGAUUGCCCUUUCCUUUGGGAUUAUAUGAAGCGUUACGUUGAAGAAACUGUGAAAAUUUUCGACGGGGUCAGAUUGGAUAAUUGCCAUUCAACGCCAUUGCACCUUGCAGAGUAUUUGCUUGACGCUGCCCGGAAAAUUAAACCAGACUUGUAUGUUGUAGCAGAACUAUUUACAAAUUCUGAUUCAGCUGAUAAUAUAUUUGUUAACAGACUCGGCAUAACAUCAUUGAUUCGAGAAGCCAUGUCUGCGUGGGAUUCGCAUGAAUUAGGACGUUUGGUUUAUCGUUAUGGUGGUGAUCCUGUCGGUGCUUUUAUGAAACCACAGGAACAAGAUUUGCGUCCAUCGAUAGCACAUGCUUUGUUUAUGGAUCAAACCCAUGACAAUCCUUCUCCAGUUGAAAAGCGAUCGGUUUAUGAUUUGUUACCCAGUGCAGCAUUGGUAUCAAUGGCAUGCUGUGCUAGUGGAAGUAAUAUGGGCUACGAUCAACUAAUACCACACCAUAUUGAUGUUGUCAAAGAAGAUAGGCAAUAUAUGUGUUGGUCUGACGAGUUUGUCAACAUGAACACGGGAAUAAUGGCUGGUAAAAGAGCAUUAAACGACCUACAUUAUGAUCUCGGACUACGUGGAUUUGAUCAAGUCUUUGUCGAUCAAGUAGACACUGAUAUUGUUUGUGUAACACGACACAAUAGUAAAACACAUGAAACAGUUGUAUUAAUGUCUUAUACUGCGUUUACAAAAAACACGAGUUCUCCCUUUUUACCUUUACCACAAAAUGGUUUGGGUAAGGGCAUCACCGUGGAUGGUCAAGUGAAAAGUGUGAUCAUUGAAGCUUGCGUUCAAAAUAAAGAAAUUCGCGGAGAAGUAUUUGUGAAAGAUGAAAAAAUAAUCAAUGGCCUCACAAAUUGCACUUUACAAAUCAAGCAAAACAUUAAUCCCUAUGACUGUACUAUGCUAAGUAUCGUACCUAUAAAUGAAAGAUCAGUACGUUUUAACUUUACCGAAAACUUCAAACCUGGAUGUAUUGUAAUAGUUAGCGCCGUACCAAAUGAAAAAACAAUAGCUACAACUAAACAAUUGUUGACUGAAAUCAAUUUAGUGCAAGCAGUCAGUCGUUUGACUUUAACAGACUUGAAUUAUGUUUUGUUCAGAUGUGCCGAAGAAGACGAUGGAAAAGCAUAUGAUAUACCAGGAUUUGGUAAACUAGUGUACUGUGGUAUUCAAGGUGUAAUGUCAGUUUUGGACGUCGUGGCUCCUGACAAUGAUCUUGGCCACCCGUUGUGUGCAAAUUUACGCAAUGGUUUCUGGAUUAUAGAUUAUAUUUAUGAACGUUUAAAGCAAAAAGAAUUUGAACACAAUCCACUGUAUCAGUUUGGAGAUUUUUUAGAAACAUUUUUACAACCGCUUAAAAACUUACCACCUUUUUUAGUACCUUGCUAUUUUGAACUUGUCAUCAGGAAAGUUUAUAACGCAUUGCUUGAUCGUACAUGGUCAUUGAUGCACAGCGAUAUAAAAAACGGAUCCUCAUUUUGUAAAAGUUUAGCGCUCGCUUCAAUUCAGUUUGCAGGGAUAGUUAAAUCAAGCCCUCUUCCACCUCUUUCCCAAAAUCUCUUGGCUCCUAUGCUCAAAACCUACACAGCGCAUGACGGAAAAACUCGACCAGAAUGUGUAUCUAUUUCGGCUGGGUUACCACAUUUUUCCACUGGAUACAUGAGAAUUUGGGGUCGAGACACUUUUAUUGCAAUCAGAGGACUAUUAUUACUUGCUGGACGCUACGAUGAAGUCAAGUAUAUAAUUUUGGCGUUUGGUGGUUGCUUGAGACAUGGUCUAAUUCCAAAUCUUUUGGAUGGAGGUAUCAAUCCUAGGUAUAAUUGCCGCGAUGCAGUUUGGUGGUGGCUGUAUAUGAUUCGGCAGUAUGUCGAAACUGUACCUGGGGGUAUUAGUAUUUUGAAUGAUCCAGUUAAUAGGAUAUUCCCUACUGAUGACUCUGAACCAACCUCAGUUGAUCAACCAUUAUAUGAGGUAAUCCAGGAAGUUAUGUCAGUACACUUCCAAGGAUUGUGUUUCCGUGAACGCAAUGCUGGCAUCGCAAUUGAUGCUCAUAUGAAGAGUCCAGGAUUUGACAACCAAAUUGGAGUACAACCUUUGACGGGUUUUGUUUUUGGUGGUAAUGAAUGGAAUUGUGGUACUUGGAUGGAUAAAAUGGGUUCUUCGGACAAAGCCGGUAACCGAGGUCGACCUGCUUCACCACGUGAUGGAUCAGCUAUAGAAUUGGUCGCUUUAUCCAAAGCUGUUGUUGGGUUUUUGGCCGACUUGAACAAAUCAAAUAAAUUUAAAUAUUCUGGAGUAACUCGUAAAAAUAAGGAUGGUUCGGAUACUACAUGGACAUAUAAAGAAUGGAAUGGAAAAAUUCAAUCAAAUUUUGAAUCAUACUUUUGGAUACCAACAGAAAAAGUCAACCAUACUCAAGUGGAACCAUAUCCAGAACUUAUUAACCGCAGAGGUAUUUAUAAGGACACUGUCGGGGCUUCAAACAAAUGGGGCGAUUAUCAAUUACGGUGUAAUUAUCCAGUUGCAAUGGUAGUGGCUCCAGAAUUGUUUACACCAGAAAAUGCACGAAUAGCCAUUCUAACAGCGUCUGAUGUGCUUCUUGGUCCACUCGGUAUGAAAACAUUAGAUCCAACUGACUGGGCCUAUGACGGUUAUUAUAAUAACGAUAACGAUACAACCGAUUCUAAAGUGGCCAACGGUUAUAAUUAUCAUCAAGGACCGGAGUGGUUAUGGCCUGUUGGCUUUCUUUUAAGAGCUAAGUUUAUAUUUUCAACAAAAAAACGAGAAACACAAUCGGAAAUUCAAAGUAUUCUCGCCAAACACUACGAGCAUUUAAGAACUUCGGUGUGGAGAGGACUACCAGAAUUAACAAAUAAGGAUGGAGCGUUCUGCUCAGGAUCUUGUCCAACUCAAGCUUGGAGUGUUGCUACAAUUUUAGAGGCGCUGAUUGCAGUUACCAAUUUAAAUUGAUAUUAAACUUGUGUGUUUAGUAUUAAUUUUAUUGUCAAUUUGUUUUUAGUAAUAGAAUAUUAUAUUUAAUGAAAAAUGGAAGCAAGCAAUGACAGGAUUUAAUCAAAAAAAUUGUAACAUAAUAUUAUUCUUACUUUUAAGUUAUUGAAUUACAUUGAACUUCUUAUUUUAUAAUAGAAAUUAUUUAUAUGUGUAUAUCAUUGUUGAAUAUUGUUUAAAUUAUAUUUGUAUGCUUUUAUUUUUUUAAUUGUUUUACGUAUAUUAUUAUUUACAAGGUAAUAAUUUUUAUUAUAAUUUAAGUCAAAAUUUAUAAUAUUUCUGCACUUUUAUUUAUAAUAAAUAAAUUAUUUUUUAAAAAC